AUGCCAGCAAAGCUCACCUUUAUCUGUGUAAUUCACUCAGUUGUUGAACGUGAUAGUAAUAAUUUUAUUGUGAAAGAAGCUAUUGUUGUUGUGAAAAAAGAAGAUAAUACAACAAUGAACCUAAAAGUUAUUGCCUUUUUUCCAAAAAAUCCUUCAGUUCCAAAGUGGAUUCCAGAUUUUACGUCUGGUGACAUACUUAGAUUUACAGGAAAAUUUGCUUUUUGCAAAGAACCCCCUCAUAAUGAUAUUUUAGAGUUUACUAUCACUGAAUUUGUUGGAAGAAGGAGUGUUGGCGAGAAAUUUAAUAUUAAAUGUAGAUAUUUAAAGACAGAUGAAAGAAUUGAUAAUAAGGCAAAAAAAAUCAGAAAAAAUCCAAAUGUUAUGAUAUUGGAAGAAAUGAUUUUAGUUAAUUCUGAAUUCCAAGUUGAAAUUCAAGAUAUAAAUUUUAUCACUAUGACGAAUACUAAUAUUGGAAGCUUGACAGAUAAUUCAAUAUCUUCUCUAUAUUCUUGGUUAACUACAUCUUCAAGAAGAUUAUCGGCACAAUCAAUGGCUAAUAACAAAAAUCUCACAAAUAUUUCAUCAGAUGUUCAAGCCACAGAUUCUAAUAAUGAAGAACUGUCACAUUCAAACGAUAAACUAGAACCAAAUAAUGAAUUAAACAUUGAUAAUAAAAAUAUAGAUAACGAUCCUACCUCCUCAAAUAAUAAUAAAAAUAAUAAUAGUAAUAGUAAUAAAAGAGAUAGGAAAAGAACUAGGAAAUAA